AAAUGUGAAUUUUAUUUUCUUGUAUUUUAAGCGAUUAAGAAGAUUGUCUACCAAAUAUAGGACAGAAAAGAUAUAUCCCACAGCCACUGGAGAAAAAGAAGAGAAUGUUAAGAAGAACAGAUAUAAGGACAUACUGCCAUUUGAUCACAGCAGAGUUAAGUUGACUUUAAAGACUCCUUCUCAAGAUUCAGACUAUAUCAAUGCAAAUUUUAUUAAGGGUGUCUAUGGGCCGAAAGCGUAUGUGGCAACCCAAGGACCUUUAGCAAAUACAGUAAUAGAUUUUUGGAGGAUGAUAUGGGAGUACAAUGUUGUAAUUAUUGUAAUGGCUUGCCGGGAAUUCGAGAUGGGCAGGAAAAAAUGUGAGCGCUAUUGGCCUUUGUAUGGGGAAGACCCUAUAACGUUUGCACCAUUUAAAAUUUCUUGUGAAGAUGAGCAGGCAAGACCAGAUUACUUCAUUAGGACACUGUUACUUGAAUUUCAAAAUGAAUCUCGUAGGCUGUAUCAGUUUCAUUAUGUGAACUGGCCUGACCAUGAUGUCCCUUCAUCAUUUGACUCCAUCCUGGAUAUGAUAAGCUUAAUGAGGAAGUACCAAGAGCACGAAGACGUGCCAAUUUGUAUUCACUGCAGUGCAGGCUGUGGAAGAACAGGUGCCAUUUGUGCGAUCGAUUAUACCUGGAAUUUACUAAAAGCUGGGAAAAUACCAGAGGAAUUUAAUGUAUUUAAUUUAAUACAAGAAAUGAGAACACAAAGGCAUUCUGCAGUUCAAACAAAGGAGCAAUAUGAACUUGUUCAUAGAGCUAUUGCACAACUGUUUGAAAAACAACUACAAUUGUAUGAAAUUCAUGGAACCCAGAAGAUUACUGGUGAAGGGAAUGAAAUUACCACUGAAAAUAUGGUCAGCUUGGCAGAUGCUGAAAAGCAAGAUUCUCCUCCUCCAAAACCCCCGCGGACCCGCAGUUGCCUUGUGGAAGGAGAUGCUAAGGAAGAAAUACUGCAGCCUCCAGAGCCCCACCCUGUGCCGCCCAUCCUCACGCCCUCUCCACCGUCAGCUUUCCCCACCGUCACCACCGUGUGGCAGGACAACGACAGGUACCACCCGAAGCCGGUGUUGCACGUGGUGUCAUCAGAGCAGCAUUCAGCAGACCUCAACAGGAACUACAAUAAAUCAGCAGACCUGCCAGGGAAAACUGAAUCACCUGUUGAACAGAUAGAUAAAAAAUUGGAACGAAAUUUAAGUUUUGAAAUUAAGAAGGUGCCUCUCCAAGAGGGACCAAAAAGUUUUGAUGGGAACACACUCUUGAACAGGGGACAUGCAAUUAAAAUCAAAUCUGCUCCGCCUUGUACAGCUGAUAAAGGCUCUAAGUCUCCGGAGCUAAGUGCAGGGGAUGCAAAGGCUGAUGCGUCCUCUCCGAAUUCCUGUGCGGACUGUGGCGCCCCGCCACUGGGUGAUGCUCCCUCGCCUCUGCCAGAGGAGGCCCGGCCGCACGCACACACGCCCCCGAGGCCAGACCACCUGGCCCUGGACAGGAAGGGACACGCGGCGUGGUCGUUCCAUGGCCCCGAGAACGCCGCCCCUGUCCCCAACACCUCUGAGGACACUUCCCCAGCUAGCCACUGUCCAGCCCUGAAAACUGUGAGCUCAACCCCCAGCCCCGCCACGCCGGGCGAAGCCCGGGAUCCCAAGCAGCAGCCCAACGGGUCGCCUCACUUCCGAGCACCCUUGAGUUUCAUGAACCCUCUUCAUUCUGAUGACUCGGACUCCGAUGACAGGAACUCUGAUGGUGCUGGGACCAAGACUAAAACUAGCAUUUCAACAGCAAGUGCCACAGUCUCUGCUGCCACCAGCACUGAGAGCGUUUCCACCAGGAAGGUGCUGCCCAUGUCCAUCGCCAGGCACGGUGCCGGGGGAGCGCUGCGCCCCGGUGCUGACGGAGAUACUGAUGUUAGUGAAGAUUCACCUCCUCCCCUACCUGAAAGAACUCCUGAAUCUUUUGUACUAGCAAGUGAACACAAUGUAUCUAUAGGAUCUGAAUGGCGUGAACUUCACAGUCAGGAACAGUCUGAACAAAGACAGUAUGAAGGCUUGAUAACCCCUGCAAGUGAAAAAUGUGAUCAUCCAGCAGCAGGUCUCCCAGAGACUUGUAUCGAAUCUCCACUUCCUGUAAGUGACGAGAAGGAUCAGAUAGCAGAAAAUCCUGUGGAAGGCACAGAUAUUGGGUUUGGUAAUCGCUGUGGAAAACCCAAAGGACCAAGAGAUCCACCUUCAGAAUGGACAUGAUUCAGGGAGCUAGGAGACUUUCAGUCAUACUGGAAAAUUCAAGUGCCACUGAAUGCGAGAUUUAUAGUAUUCCAUCUUUAAAAUGUGGGACUAACAGCAGUGUAGAUUGUUACCUUAAUCUUUUUCUUUUUUUUUUUUUUUCCUUUCUGGGACCAUCUACCUGCCUUAUACUACACACACACUUAGGAAAAAGUGUUACAUACGGUUUAUUUUGUAAUUUCAAGUAUUAUUGCCUUAAUGUCUCUUAACCCUGUUACACGCUGCUUGUAGACCUGUUAAUACAGUAAUAAUUUUACGAUAAAAUUGAGUUUAAGGACUACUUUUUUGCUGUUUUAUCAUGUAUGCAUUAUUUUGUAUAUGUACAGGGCAAGUAGGUAUAUAAUUUGAUAAAGUUGCAGUCAUAAAAUAAUAUUAACAGAAGAUGUAAGAAAUUUCUGCAUGAUCUAAAUCUUUGUGUACCUUAUUUGUAAAUUAUUUGCCCUGAAGUUUUAGAAAAUAGUUUUGAAUUUUAAAAUUGCUGGAUUCAUGCAGCCAGCAUUGCAGCUUACCAGAGAUCAAAGAUUGUAAUAAUAAUACAUUUUGUAAAUUGUAAGCAAAAAGUUAUUUUUAUAUUAUAUACCGUCUAAUUGUUCAUCCUAAUUGUCCUUGUUUUCAUCUAGUCAUGGAGAUUCAGUAAGUGCCUUGGAACAAUAUUGAAUUCUCUUAGCUCCUGUGUGUUACUUUAAUAUUUGAACUCAACUGGGAUUAGAAGACUAUCAGAAUAUGUGUAUGUUUCAGAAUACUUGACCUGCCAUUAAAAAACAAAAACAAUUUUACAGUG